UCUACUCACCUUUACACACCUUCAACACACCUUUACACACCUUCUACUCACGUUUACACACCUUCAACACACCUUGACACACCUUCAACACACCUUGACACACCUUCUACUCACCUUGACACACCUUCUACUCACCUUGACACACCUUCUACUCACCUUGACACACCUUCAACACACCUUUACACACCUUCUACUCACGUUUACACACCUUCAACACACCUUGACACACCUUCAACACACCUUGACACACCUUCUACUCACCUUGACACACCUUCAACACACUGUUACACACAUUCAACACACCUUGACACACCUUCAACACACCUUUACACACCUUCUACUCACGUUUACACACCUUCAACACACCUUGACACACCUUCAACACACCUUUACACACCUUCUACUCACCUUGACACACCUUCAACACACCGUUACACACAUUCAACACACCUUUACACACCUUCUACUCACCUUGACACACCUUCUACUCCCCUUGGCACACCUUCAACACACCUUUACACACCUUCAACACACCUUGACACACCUUCUACUCACCUUGACACACAUUCAACACACCUUGACACACCUUCUACUCACCUUUACACACCUUCAACACACCUUCAACACACCAUUACACACAUUCAACACACCUUUACACACCUUCUACUCACCUUGACACACCUUCUACUCCCCUUGGCACACCUUCAACACACCUUGACACCCCUUCUACUCACCUUGACACACAUUCAACACACCUUGACACACCUUCUACUCACCUUUACACACCUUCAACACACCUUGACACACCUUCUACUCACCUUGACACACAUUCAACACACCUUUACACACCUUCUACUCACCUUCAACACACCUUCUACUCACCUUGACACACCUUGACACACCUUCUACUCACCUUGACACACCCUUUACUCACCUUGACACACCUUCAACACACCGUUACACACCUUCAACACACCUUCUACUCACCUUCAACACACCUUGACACACCUUCUACUCACCUUUACACACCUUCAACACACCUUCUACUCACCUUUACACACCUUUACACACCUUCUACUCACCUUGACACACCUUCUACUCACCUUGACACACCUUCAACACACCUUUACACACCUUCUACUCACGUUUACACACCUUCAACACACCUUGACACACCUUCAACACACCUUGACACACCUUCUACUCACCUUGACACACCUUCAACACACUGUUACACACAUUCAACACACCUUGACACACCUUCAACACACCUUUACACACCUUCUACUCACGUUUACACACCUUCAACACACCUUGACACACCUUCUACUCCCCUUGGCACACCUUCAACACACCUUUACACACCUUCAACACACCUCGACACACCUUCUACUCACCUUGACACACAUUCAACACACCUUGACACACCUUCUACUCACCUUUACACACCUUCAACACACCUUCAACACACCAUUACACACAUUCAACACACCUUUACACACCUUCUACUCACCUUGACACACCUUCUACUCCCCUUGGCACACCUUCAACACACCUUGACACCCCUUCUACUCACCUUGACACACCUUCAACACACCUUUACACACCUUCUACUCACCUUCAACACACCUUCUACUCACCUUGACACACCUUGACACACCUUCUACUCACCUUGACACACCUUUUACUCACCUUGACACACCUUCAACACACCGUUACACACAUUCAACACACCUUCUACUCACCUUGACACACCUUCUACUCAUCUUUACACACCUUCUACUCACCUUGACACACAUUCAACACACCUUCUACUCAUGUUUACACACCUUCUACUCACCUUUACACACCUUCAAUACACCUUCUACUCACCUUUACACACCUUCUACUCACCUUUACACACCUUCAAUACACCUUCUACUCACCUUUACACACCUUCUACUCACCUUUACACACCUUUUACUCACCUUCAACACACCUUUACACACCUUCUACUCACCUUGACACACAUUCAACACACCUUCUACUCAUGUUUACACACCUUCUACUCACCUUUACACACCUUCAAUACACCUUCUACUCACCUUUACACACCUUCAAUACACCUUCUACUCACCUUUACACACCUUCAAUACACCUUCUACUCACCUUUACACACCUUCUACUCACCUUUACACACCUUCAAUACACCUUCUACUCACCUUUACACACCUUCUACUCACCUUUACACACCUUCUACUCACCUUCAACACACCUUUACACACCUUCUACUCACCUUGACACACAUUCAACACACCUUCUACUCAUGUUUACACACCUUCUACUCACCUUUACACACCUUCAAUACACCUUCUACUCACCUUUACACACCUUCAAUACACCUUCUACUCACCUUUACACACCUUCUACUCACCUUUACACACCUUCUACUCACCUUUACACACCUUCAAUACACCUUCUACUCACCUUUACACACCUUCUACUCACCUUUACACACCUUUUACUCACCUUCUACUCACCUUCAACACACCUUUACACACCUUCUACUCACCUUUACACAUCUUCAACACACGUUUACACACCUUCUACUCACCUUUACACACAUUCAACACACCUUUACACACCUUCUACUCACCUUUACACACCUUCAACACACCUUUACACACCUUCUACUCACCUUUACACACUUUCAACAUACCUUCUACUCAUCUUUACACACCUUCUACUCACCUUUACACACCUUCAUAUAUCUUCUACUCACCUUUACACACCUUCUACUCAUCUUUACCCACCUUUAACACACCUUUACACACCUUCAUAUAUUUUCUACUCACCUUUACACACCUUCUACUCAUCUUUACCCACCUUUAACACACUUUUACACACCUUCAUAUAUUUUCUACUCACCUUUACACACCUUCUACUCACCUUUACACACCUUCAUAUAUCUUCUACUCACCUUUACACACCUUCAUAUAUCUUUUACUCACCUUUACACACCUUCAAACAUCUUCUAUUCACCUUUACACACCUUCUACUCACCUUUACACACCUUCAUAUAUCUUCUACUCACCUUUACACACCUCCUGCACAAAUGUAUACAACUUUACUCGACUUAUAUAUACCUUUACACAUUUAUACACCAUGCACACAUUCCGUACAGCUUUACACACCUUUCUACAUACCAUCUACCCAUGUUUAAUACACUGUUACACAACAUUUAAACGUCUUUACACACCUUCUCCACACGCCUACAUUUCUUUACACAACUUCAAUACACCAAUACAAAAUGUCUACACAGCUUUGCCCACCGUCUAUAUUUAAUUCAGUUACGUUUUAUUUGCAGUGUCAUAAUGCAGCAUUACUAUUUACCUUUAAAAACUUUUUACACACCUUCCCCACACAUUCUCUGCACGUUUGCACAGCUUUUACACACCUUCUGAACGUCUUCUACACAUCAACUAUGCAAUAAAAGCAAUAAAAAACUUUCAGUAUGCUAUAAAAUGCAGAUUAUUUAUUUCAUUUUCCAGCCAGCAUCUCUCUCUCUCUCUCUCUCUCUCUCUCUCGAUGAUAAUAAUAAUAAUACUUUCUUUGUG